AUGGGCUUCACAAUCGACGCGGAGAAGGCACUUUGGGAUGAUGCAACGUACGCGGACGUGCUGGUGCGGUGCCAGGGCAAGGAAUGGCACUGUCACAGGGUUGUUCUCUGCCCUCAGUCGAAGUUCUUCGCCAAGAGCUGUCUUACAUACACGAGCGGUGAUGGGGUGCCCAACAUCCAAAAGCCGAUCGUCAUCGACGACAAGCACUCGCCCGAACAUGUCGAAUUCUGCCUGAAGUUCAUGUAUGUGCAUAGCAACUAUUACUCGGCCAACGACGUAGCCAAGCAGGAGGGACUGGAAGACGAUCGGCUCUUCGGAAUCUCGAACCUUGCGUACGAGCUGGGAAGUCCCGAGCUCAUGAAAUGGUGCGCAACGUUUCUCGACGAGAUCAUCGGCGGCAUCACGACGCAUGAGGAUAAUGUUCAGAUGAUCAAUGAAAUACACAGCAAAUGCAUUGAUCCUGCCUUUAUCAAGGUGGCUGACGACUGGGAGCGGGAUGACAUCGAGGAGUUUCUGCAGGAUGUCCACGCACGGGCAUUGCUGUCAGAAGCAUCAGUUACCAAGUACCUGGGUUCAUUCGAGCGCAAGAUGCGAAACUCGGAGACGCGGGCUUUGCUCUCGCAAGAAUCAGUGGAUACUUUCUUCGACACACUCAGACGCAGGACAGCGGCCAUGGGCGGGCAAAUGGCAGACGAGGUUAGUGGCAAGGGUGGAAAGAGGAAGCCGAUGUUCAACGACCCUACCUACGCCGACCUUAUCAUACACUUCGGCCCACACAAUGCCCCGGGGACGAUUCACUGCCACACCAACAUCGUCUGCACGCAGUCCUCCUUCUUCCGCGCAGGCAGCAUGCCCCGCAGGGCAAUCGGUCCCACCACCGACCCGGUGGCCCGCCGAAUCUACCCCACGAUCUUCACCAUACACCCAUACUACGACGGCAGGGCGGUCCAGUGCGUGCUCCAGUCGCUCUAUCAUCCGCGGAGCACGACCAAGAAGUGGCUGCAGACUUGCUUGUGGUCCCAGCUCUUCCGCGUGUACGAGCUCGCCCGGCUUUUUGGGGUGAAACACCUGGUGGAGGCGACUAGCCUGGCGGUCAAGCAGGUGUUGGAGGAGAUGAGGGAGGCGGAGGAUGAAGAGCUUCACCACGCGCAAGCGAUCAUCGCCGCCACGCCGCGUUUGAGGGAGGUGUUUGAGGGCGCUCUCCGAGAACUCGAGAUCGACGAGGUCAUGCGAUCUCUAGGCAGCUUCACCAUUGAGUAG